UCCCUUUCCACCACAUCUGUUUCUCAUGCUGGCGGCAGGAUCCAACCUGGAAAAUAUAGGAGGGGGGAAGGCAAUCGCUCCUUACCACAAAUCCAGAAUCAGCACAUUCAGCUUUAAGCCUCCUUGUCAGAAACACAUCCAGACUUUAUUUUUUUAAAUUUUUCACCAGGCCCUUUUUGACACUUUUGACCUUGUUUUGACGUUGCCGUGUCAGUUUACGAGACGGUGAAGCGGGAGUGACUGGCGGAGGUGGAGAAAGUGAAGCAGUCAAGAGAAGUUUGACAACUGAGAAGAAGGACGGACUGAAGUUGGCAGCGUCCGCUGGACAUGUGAGGGGGAAAAGAGCCGACUGAGUGGAAAAAGAAAGCAUCGAUGAAGGAGCGUCUGCCGCUCAGGAGAUAAUCAGACGACGCGAUGUGGACGACGGCCGUCAUCCUGCUGCUUCUGCCUCAACUGCUCCCCUCCACUGACACAGGACAGAGCGCUUCUUUCAGCCAAUCAGAAAUAGUCAACGAGGACCUUUCCGACGCUCCGGUCAAAGGUCAGAAACACUCCCGAGGGGUCAGAGGUCAGGAUACAUGCUCCAUCCCAUGUGACAUCACCGUCAAGCUGCUACGAGAUGAGAAACAUUCAAUCUGUGGCCAGUUCCAGCAGUCUCUGGUAGCGUUUGGACGCAGCACCCGGAAGCUGAUCCGGGAUGUGAUGGAGGAGCAGGAGAGAGCGCUGGACAUCCUCAGCAGUCAGGUCACAGAGCUGAUGACCAAAGUGCAGACGCUCAGCUCGGAGGUGCAGAGAAGCAACGCCGAGAUGUACUCCAUCAAACCCGUGCAAUCCCAUGGACGAGACUGCAGCGACAUCAAGGACAGUCUCCUGUCGGUCGUCCCCAAGAUCCCGAGCGGCAUCUACAUCGUCCACCCGGAGGACACGGACUCUUCUUUCGAGGUGUUCUGUGAGAUGGACUACAUGGGAGGCGGAUGGACGGUGAUGCAGCGGAGGACCGAUGGAGUCACUGACUUCAAGCGAGCCUGGGCCGAUUAUGUCGACGGCUUUGGAAACCUCGCAGGAGAGCACUGGUUGGGUCUGAAGAAGGUAUCUCAUAUAUUAAACCAGAAGGACACUCGGUUCCAGCUCCACGUCGCUCUGGUGUCCGACGAUGACGUCACCUCUUAUGCGGCGUACGAUGAUUUCGAGCUGGGCAACGAAACUCUGUUCUUCCCGAUACACCUGGGCCGAUACGCAGGCAGCGCAGGUGAUGCCUUUCGCGGCUACAACCAGGACCAGAACCAGGACACGGCUCCCUUCAGCGCCUCGGACGUGGACAACGACGGCUGCAACCCGUCCUGCUCCAUCGGCGGCGACACGGUGGAGAGCUGCAGCGCGCGGCACAACCUCACCGGCUGGUGGUUCAACCGCUGCGGCCUCGCCAACCUCAACGGCGCCCCGGAAGACGCGGAGCAGAACCCGGACCGGAGGAUGAACAUCCUGUGGGACACCUGGAGGCGGAGGGGAGUGACGCACACCAUCACAUCCGUCACCAUGAAGAUCAGGAGGAUCGCAACCAAUAACUGACACAAGAGGGGAGAGGAGAGGAGGAGAGCGGGAGAGAGAGGGAGAGA